AUGGCCACUUCCCAAUCGUCAAGCUACCUUGAUGUUCGGAGCUUCUCAGACCAGCUCGUGGGAGAAGCGGUGUUCCACGCAAAUGUCACCCUAGCCCUAGCUCGGUCCAGCAGACCCCAUGAGUUGCUGGUUAGUUGGCCUAUCCUUCAACCUGGAAAUAAAUAUUCUGGCGAUGCUCACUGA